GUAGACAAAGUGAUAGAAAAUCAGCACAAAUCGAUCAGCUGUUUGGAGUCGAUCUUUCUAUACUCAGCUGAUAAGACACAUCCGAGUUCAAAGCACCCCACAUCGUUUUUGUUUCUUAUAAAUAAGCAUCACCUGCCCAGCAUCCCACAAGUUGUAUUUCUCCCUCGUUCGAGGGUGCACAGCGCAAAUCUCCCCCGGAAUAGAUGUUCCGUUUCGUGCUGGUGCUGGCUUGCUGCCAGGCCGCUCUGGCCCAAGGCUAUGGCGCUCCUGCCUCAAAAUCCUCUUCGAAGAACUAUCAAGGCUACCAGGACAAUCAAUACAACCAAUAUCCGAGCCACUACUCGGGUGAAUACUCCGGUGCUCAGUACCCGAGAGGACAGUACCCGAGCGGUCGCGAUCAGUCCUUCUUUGGGGCCAAGUAUCAAACCACCGCUGUGCUGGCAUCCAAGUUCAAGAAUUUGACGAGAUCAUGGAAGCCCGGAAGCAACCCGAAACCACCGGCAGGAUACCGCACCGGUGUCAACAUGGCCGACCUGGAGCGCACCAAGCUGCCGCUGGGAAUCAUGGCUGACGUCGAGGAUCUAGUUCUGCCGGACACCUUCGACGCUCGCGAGAAGUGGCCAGAGUGUCCCAGUCUGAAGGAAGUCCGCGAUCAAGGAUGCUGCGGAUCCUGCUGGGCUGUAUCUGCGGCUUCGACCAUGACCGAUCGUUGGUGUGUCCGUUCCAAGGGUAAGGAGCAGUUUACUUUCGGAUCUUUUGAUCUGCUGUCGUGCUGUCACUCGUGCGGACAGGGCUGCCGUGGAGGUACUCUCGGACCCGCCUGGCAAUUCUGGGUCGAGAAGGGUCUGUCUUCGGGAGGUCCACUGAACUCGCGCCAAGGAUGCCAUCCAUAUCCGAUUGGCGAGUGCCGCGUUCCAGGAGAAGAUGAGGAUACUCCCAAGUGCUCGAAGAAGUGCCAGUCGGGAUACAAUGUGACCGAUGUUUGGCAGGAUCGCCGUUAUGGACGUGUGGUCUACUCGCUGCCGAAUGACGAGCGCAAGAUCAUGGAGGAGAUCUACAUCAACGGUCCGGUUCAGGCUGCUUUCCACACCUAUCUGGAUCUGCACGCGUAUAAAAGCGGAGUCUAUCGACACGUGUGGGGACCACUUUCCGGAGGUCACGCUGUCAAGCUGAUCGGAUGGGGUGUGGAGAAUGGACUUAAGUACUGGCUGGUGGCCAACUCGUGGGGUCGCGAAUGGGGAGACAACGGAUUCUUCAAGAUGGUCCGCGGUGAGAACCAUUGCGGUAUCGAGGAGAAUAUUCACGCGGGUCUGCCCAACUUCCACCGCCAGGGUGAGGCUGGUGAGUACUUUGCUGGGUACGGUUAUAACUGAGUGAGAGUGAUGUGAGAUUAAUCGAUA